AUGCCACCUCUUUUUCAAACAUUGACUGCAGACCAAGAAGAAGAAGACGAUAAAUUAGGUGUUCAUUCAGAUUACACUCAUCAACAAAAUUUUACAGAUAAUCAUCAGACGACAAUUAACAAUCUUCAGAUGCAUAGAAAUGAUUACAAGACUCAACAGAGUUUGUUUACAAGAUUGAAAAGAAGCACAUUGUUUAAACAAUGUUUAUUUCUACUUAUUGUUCUAUCUUUAAUAUUUUGGACUCAGUAUGAAAUCUAUCGAUUGAAAAACGAUUCGAAAUCGUUUCAAACACGAUUACAACGUCUCGAGAAUCAAAUGUGUUCAAAAAGAAUAAAAUUGAAAAAAUGGAAACAAGAUGCACAAAUCGUAGCAGGAGGAAAUGGAGAUGGAAACGAAUUAAAUCAACUUUAUAGGCCUCUCGGAAUUUCUAUUGAUAAACAUCAAAACAUUUUUAUAGCAGAUUUCCGAAAUAAUCGAAUAAUGAAAUGGAAACUUCAUGAAAGUCAAGGACAAAUUAUUGCAGGCGGAAAUGGAACUGAUCAAUUGGAUAGACCAACAGAUGUUAUUAUCAAUGAACAAAACAAUUCGCUGAUCAUUGCUGAUCGAGGAAACAGACGAGUGAUUCAGUGGUUUAGUGAAAAUCAACAAGAGAUUCUCAUUGAGAAUAUUUUGUGCUAUGGUUUAAAGAAAGAUAAGUUCGGAUUCCUGUACGUUUCAGAUUGGGAGAAACAUGAAGUGAGGAAAUGGAAAUUUGGAGAAAUGAAAGAAAAAAACGGAACAUUAGUGGCUGGUGGAGAUGGUCAAGGAAAUAAACUUACUCAGUUCAAUGAACCUCAUUUUAUUUUUGUUGAUGACGAACAAUCGGUUUAUGUCUCUGAUUGGAAGAAUCAUCGUGUAAUGAAAUGGAGAAAAGAUGCAAAGGAAGGAAUUGUUGUUGCUGGGGGACACGGUCAGGGAAAGAAUCUGAGCCAGUUGAAUCAUCCUCAAGGCAUAAUUGUCGAUGAUUUUGGUCACGUUUAUGUUGCAGAUAGUCACAAUUAUCGAAUCAUGCGUUGGCGUGAAGGAAGUACAGAAGGUGAGAUCGUUGUUGAUGGAAACGAAGAAAGACAAAAAUCAAAUCAAUUGUCUGAUUCUCAUGGUUUAUCAUUCGACGUGGAAGGAAAUCUUUAUGUUGCUGAUUAUAAGAAUUCACGAAUCGAAAGAUUUGAUAUAGAUCGUGAAUAA